AACGGCGAGGCAUCGCUCUUCGAGGUGAACAUCCGUUACGUCGGCGGGCUGCUCUCAGCGUACUACCUGACAGGAGAGGAGCUGUUCAGGAAUAAAGCCGUGGAGCUGGGAGAGAAGCUGCUGCCUGCCUUUAAUACACCAACAGGAAUCCCCCGAGGCGUCAUCAACCUGGGGAGCAGUGGGACCAGUUGGAGCUGGGGCUGGGCCUCGGCUGGGAGCAGCAUCUUGGCCGAGUUUGGGACUCUUCACCUUGAGUUUGUGCAUCUGACCGAGCUCUCUAACAACCCAGUCUACAAAGAAAAGGUGAUGAACAUCAGGAAGCUGYUGAACAAGAUUGAAAAACCUCACGGCUUGUAUCCUAACUUCCUGAGCCCAGUUAGUGGCAACUGGGUGCAGCAUCAUGUUUCUAUUGGUGGACUCGGAGACAGUUUCUACGAGUACCUGAUUAAAUCAUACCUGAUGUCAGACAAGACAGACGAGGACGCAAAAACGACGUACUACACCGCGAUGGAGGCGAUUGAAGCUAACCUGGUGCAGAAAUCCCCYGGAGGCCUCACCUACAUGGCUGAGUGGAGGGGAGGGAUCCUGGACCACAAGAUGGGCCACCUGGCCUGCUUUUCAGGGGGCAUGAUUGGGAUUGGGGCAGAUGAUGGAGCACCAGAGAAGAGGCAACACUACCUGGACCUCGCUGCUGAGAUCACACACACCUGCCAUGAGAGCUACGAUCGCUCCACCACUAAGCUCGGCCCYGAAGCCUUCAGGUUCGACAGUGGAGCCGAAGCCACAGCGACCAGGCUGAGCGACAGAUAUUACAUCCUGCGACCAGAAGUCAUCGAGAGCUACAUGUACAUGUGGAGACUGACCCACGACCCGAAGUACAGAGACUGGGGAUGGGAGGCUGUUGAGGCACUGGAGCAGCACUGCAGGGUCGAGUCCGGCUUCUCUGGGAUCCGUGACGUCUACACCCUGACCGUGAGCCACGACAACAUGCAGCAGAGCUUCUUCCUCUCAGAGACACUAAAGUAUCUGUACCUGCUCUUCUCUGAUGACGACCUGCUCUCUUUUGAAGACUGGGUCUUUAACACAGAAGCCCAUCCGCUGCCCAUCAUCCGCAAGAGCUGCCUGCAGGACGAAGCAACAGAAGAAAAGACAGUUUCUGAAUAAAAGGGACCACCGAACAGCAAGAGACAGUUCCCAACACAAAUGUGCACAGACUCGGAUAAAGAUUGCAAACACAAGGCCAGCGCAGGUUCAGAGUCUUUUCAGGAGUGUGUUAUUGACUCAAUUCCUUUGCAGGAAAGGAUGUUGUUGUUUUAUGCUGUGAUUGUAUAUUCUUUCGCCAGGGUUGCUUCCUGCUGGCACUUUUUUUUUUGUGGACAAUCAAGACAAACAUGACUUUCAUGAAAAGAUACCUUUUUCUUCUUUCCUUCUUUCCUCUGUGAGGAAACCAGUAUAACUUACAAACCCAAAUGUAUGGGAGGAGGUUUGAACUACGGGCCAUAUUUUCAGAAAGAGUGAAAAAAAUCUAGAAAACCACUGCGGUUCUGCUCCUUAGUUUUGUCUUUAAUUACCUUAACUCUUCUAGUUUCUGGUUUUCCUUUGUGAAUACACUCUUUGGCCAAAGGUUUCCUCGUAUUUCUAUUUUCCUCCUUUUAACAAAGUGUUUCUGGUGAAAUUUGAAAGAAAGGCUGAAAUAUAUAAUAGAGCUUAAAUAAUGUACAGCCAAACAUGAAAUGUGACUCAAAUCCACUUCUAAACUAUUCUGAUGUCAUGUUUCUUUCUGAAACAAGUUUGAAUGAUAUUUUUUUAAAGGUCAGAGAUGUCAGGAAAGUGGCUCUGUCUUAUGCAUCCAGGGACCAUUAAAAAUAAUAAUGUUGGUUUGUGGAUCCACUUUAUGCUCGGACAAUUUUUGUCAACAGUUCUCCCAGCCUUUCACAUGAAAUUGGAGUGCUCUCUGUUCUGUCACUGUAAAACAAACAUAAAGGGAAACAGAGGUGUCUGCUGGUUUCUGUUGGGAGCUUUUUUUUUCUGCCUUCACGUGAUGCAGGCUGUUCGACUGCAGAGACGAGCUUUUAUUUUGAAUUACUGUUCUUUUGAUCGAUGCUCUUCGGCACAGUUGUGGAGUGAAUGUGAUGUAUAUACAGACGGAGCGAGUGUCACCCGUAUGAAUUUGUCUCGACUUUAUUUUGUGUCUUUUAUUUAUUUUUUUUUUUUUACUAAAAUUUCAGUGGCUUUUUUUCUUCUUGGUUCUCUUGAUUUGCUUCCCUCAGGUGUUUCAGUACAAAAAGAAAAAAAAAUUAAAAUUUCUGAUUUGAAGUCUAA